GCGGGCGCCGGAAAGGGACGAGCCAUGGCGUCCGUGGUGCUGAGCGAGGCCGAGAAGCUCUACAUCGUGCACGGCGUGCAGGAGGAUCUCCGUGUAGAUGGUCGUGGCUGUGAAGACUACAGAUGUGCAGAAGUAGAAACAGACGUUGUGUCAAACACAAGUGGAUCUGCAAGAGUAAAGCUGGGACACACUGAUAUCUUGGUAGGUGUAAAAGCUGAAAUGGGGACACCGAAGUUAGAGAAACCUGAUGAAGGCUACCUGGAAUUCUUUGUUGACUGUUCUGCAAAUGCUACUCCUGAAUUUGAAGGCCGGGGAGGAGAAGAACUUGGCACAGAGAUAGCAAAUACUCUCUACAGAGUAUUUAGCAGCGAGAGCAGUAUAGACUUGAAAUCACUUUGUAUUAAUCCCAGAGAGCACUGCUGGGUUCUCUAUGUUGAUGUAUUGUUGUUGGAGUGUGGCGGGAACCUCUUUGAUGCAAUCUCUAUCGCAGUGAAGGCAGCGCUCUUUAACACAAGAAUACCCAAAGUGCGUGUUCUUGAGGAUGAAGAAGGCUCUAAAGAGAUAGAGCUGUCUGAUGACCCUUAUGAUUGUAUUCGACUCAACGUGGAUGACGUGCCCUGCAUUGUCACACUAAGCAAAAUUGGUUAUAGGCAUGUGGUGGAUGCUACCCUUCAGGAAGAAGCCUGUUCUUUGGCCAGCCUGCUUAUUUCUGUGACCAGUAAAGGUGCCCUCACUUCUAUGAAGAAAGUGGGGAAGGGUAGCCUGGAUCCAGAGAGUAUUUUUGAAAUGAUGGAGGUCCUUGGGCAGUCCUGAAUUGCACAUCCUAAUGAAGGAUCUGCCCACAGACUGAUUCAGUGAUGCAGCCACUGUCACUUCGGGCUCUGUGGACACGGGACAGGGCAGAACUGGCCUAAAUUCACUCUGCUGACUCUGAGCACGUUCAGAAGAGUUUACUGAACUUUCUAUGAGUAAGCUACUUUGCUGGUCAGGUAGCUCUUGUCCACUGGCAGCUAGCAUAUUGCUUGGCUAACUUGGAUGCGAGCUCAUGCCUGCUGUGAAUUUGAUUUGUAUUCCUGGGUGAUCCAUUUUUAAUGAUGAGGAAAUGCCUCUCUGAUGAAUGGGAACACUGCCUUUAUGCCUACUUUUUUUUUCCCCUCCAACUUAAUCACAUUAAAAUGAAACUUCCACUACCCUUAUAUUUCUUAAUUAAGAGCAUGUUUAUAUUAUACCAGAUGGUGUGUGUGAGUCAUUAAAGGGAAAAUAUUUGUCAAAAGCAAGCGUUCUGUGAGAGUUGUCUUCCUCUUAAUAAGCAUAUGUCUCAGGUUUGUUU